AUUGUUCACAUCGCAUACUGCGGCAGGGCCAGAAACGAGGAAGAUUCUCCGGUAGCCAGCAAACCAUUUUUCUGUCGUCAAACGGAUCAAGCUUUUUGUGAGACUUGGAUCGAUCACAAAAAGCGGGAUUCGCUUUUCGCAUAGGAAUUGGCCUGUUAAGGAGCCAGCUUAAUCACACAGAAAGUUUGAAAAUUAUUACAAAAAUGGAGGAAAUACAUCAACCACAACAGGUUGGGCCUAAUGCAAUGAGCAUUGGAAGCGGAGUUCUUAACCACCCAAAUAAUGUUAACCGACGUGGCAGAGUCCGAAUGACAUUACAUAGUUUAAUGGUGGAAAAGCUUCCAUUAAGUGAGGCUGCUCAAUUGGAGAUGAAAUCAUUGAACAGUAAAACACCAGUUUCUAUUCUUCAGGAAUUGCUUUCUCGUAGGGGCACAACACCAAAGUAUGAGCUAAUACAAGUAGAAGGUGCUAUCCACGAGCCUAUUUUUCGUUACCGUGUCACUGUUGCUGAUAUUGUUGAUCCAAUUGUUUCAGCAAUGGGGACUGGAAAGUCAAAGAAGGAGGCCAAACAUGCAGCCGCACGGGCUGUAUUGGACAAGUUGUGUAGACUAAAUAGUGAGACACCAGAUUCUCCACUCGCAAAUAAUGUAUCAGAUUUAUUCAAUUUAUGUAGUUCUGAAAAUUUACAAGAGUUAUCCGAGUAUGGAGAGGAAAAAAUAAUCACAAAUCCAAUUGGUGCACUGCAAGAAAUGUGUAUGUCACGCCACUGGCCUCCACCGAAAUAUGCUAUGGAAAAUGAAGAAGGUCUGCCACAUGAAAGACAGUUCACUAUUGUUUGUUCUAUUUUGAAGUACCAUGAAGUUGGUCAAGGAAAAAGUAAAAAAGUUGCAAAGAGGCAUGCAGCUCAUAAAAUGUGGCGAGCUCUACAUGAUGUGAAUUCUGAAAAUCCUAAUCUAGAUGAGGAUGAGGUUUUACAAAGAAAUGCAAAUGUGAAUGCCCGUUAUGCAGAUCUGAAAGGUAGCAAAAUUUCAACAUUAACAACUAUUCAUAGCCUUAAAGUUUCACAAUUUCAUAAAAGUCUGAAGUCAUCAACUGGUGUUAAACUAUUUGAACUACAGAAUACAUGUUUAAAUGAUGGUGAUGUAAAUUUGGUACAAUUUUUGCAAGAGAUAGCUUCCGAGCAGCAAUUCGAAGUAACUUAUGUUGAUAUUGAAGAAAAGUCUAUCAGCGGUAAAUGCCAGUGCCUUGUGCAACUGUCCACACUUCCAGUAGCAGUUUGCUAUGGUUGUGGUUUUACUAGUAAAGACGCUCAAGCUAGUGCCGCUCAAAACGCUUUGGAAUAUCUGAAAAUCAUGACCAAAAAGUGAGCCAGCGCUUUGCUCCUGCCAGCUGUCACAAUCAACUGCAAAUCCCACAAUAGUAUGCUGUCCAAGAAUCAGAACAACAAUACAGAUACGAAAAUCUUAUCGGUGACCAACCAAGUGUCGGACAAGAGUAAAAGUGGUUCGAAGCUCGAUCACGUAGGGAACAAAACUAGACUUUCUAAGCUAUCUGUUCGAACGGUGAACACCGUAAUAGGGAACAAAGACACCACUCUGAACACGAUCGCUACUGCACCGGGUGCAACAGUCGCCGCGAGUAGGAUAAAUCAGCCUCUGAAGAAGAACAGCGGCACUAACGAGUCCAUAAAGUCGACCGAUCAACAAUUAUCAAAGAGUUCAUCGAUCGUGACCACGAAUCAAUCCAGCGUCAAGUUCGGUAGCGUGAGAAGCGUGACUACGACCUGUGUCGGUGGCAACGUUUCUCAUGAGAUUCCAGUGAAGUCCAAAGAUUACUCCACGAAGAAGUAUCCCAGUGAAAUCGACUCAAAGAUGAAGAACUAUCAGAUGCAGCCCGAUUACAGCAAGGAUUCGUCCAUUAACAACCAGGACUACAAGUCGAGGAACAACACGGCCAUGAACAACUUGCCGUCGAGAUUCGUGAACCAGACGCCGGUGCCAAGCUUGCACAGAGAGAACCACGCGGCCUCCAAUACCCAUCAUUCCAGACCGACUUCGCAGAACGAUAACACUGCGUUCGCGGUGGCUAGGAAGGCUUUGGAACAGCAGAACACAGCCUCGAAGAUGGCCCCGAUCAACUUCCCCCCAUUAA